GUCGCCAUCCUUUUCUCGUCGGAGCUGCUAGCUACAAGCACGUGGCCAACAUGAGUUUGAUUCUUCCUGAAAAGUUUCAACACAUUCUCCGUGUUCUCAACACGAACAUCGAUGGCCAGACGAAGGUCAUGUACGCCCUGACUUCGAUCAAGGGUGUUGGUCGUCGUUUCGCAAACAUCGUUUGCAAGAAGGCCGACGUCGACUUGAACAAGCGUGCCGGUGAAUUGUCCGAACAAGAAGUGAAUGCCAUCGUGACCAUCCUGGCGAAUCCCCGUCAAUACAAGAUCCCGGACUGGUUCCUGAACAGACAGAAGGACAUCAUUGACGGGAAGUACUCGCAGGUGGUUUCGAGCACGCUGGAUACGAAGCUCCGUGAAGAUCUCGAACGUCUCAAGAAGAUCAAGGCGCACAGAGGUCUGCGUCAUUACUGGGGUCUCCGAGUGAGAGGACAGCACACCAAGACCACUGGACGCCGAGGACGAACUGUCGGUGUGUCGAAGAAGAAGGGUUAACACAAUAGACUCCCCGAACGAUUCGUCAAAGAAUGUCCCAAUAAAGUGCUGGGAACAAAA